AUGCCGACUCCGAGUAACAGCCAGCCAACUUCGAUCGCCGAGGUGAUCUCCACUCGUACUUGUCCCCCGGAAGUUGAUCGCGUCCCGGCCUGGAGAGCCUCGCCCGAUUCCACAGACACCAACGAGCCGAUUGAGGAAGAUGCUCUAUCACCAACGGCCACUACAUCGUCCGUGCUGAAUCGAGCUGACGAUGGCAGCGCGCUCUUGGCGUCCGAUCCACUGAAAGUGGAGAGGAAGAUGACGGCCAGCACCGACGAGGACGUCGCGCGCGCGAGAUCGACUUCUCCCCCGAUCUCUGUGCUCGCAGUCAGUCACCGGUGGCGCCGCCCAACUCCUCGCUGUUACGCUACGAAUUUUCCAAUGUUCGGGUAUCUUCUGCCAAAUCAUUCUUCCUCAUACCUGCGCUCUGGGAGCAGGUUUGCCGGCACACAGAUGUCUGAUAAACAAGUUUAUAAUGUAGACGUGGAGAUCAAACAUGUCGAUAUGGCUGAGUCCUACCUAUGUGGCUAUCUUCGCAUUCAAGGCUUGACGGAAGAUCACCCGACCCUGACUACGUUUUUUGAAGGAGAGAUCAUUGGCACCAAGCACACGUUCCAGACUCGCAAUGAAGAAUGGGGUGCCAAUGAGAAAACAGACAUUCAUCACUGGUCUCGGUUUCCAGCCUGGAAACCAUUGGCUAAACAGGCCAAACGGACCGAUUUCACGUACCGAAAUUUCGCUCAGCGGGAGCAUGUGUUUAUGAGAUGGAAGGAGUAUUUCCUUGUCCCUGAUCAUCGAGUCCGCACCAUCUCAGGCGCUAGCUUCGAAGGAUUCUACUAUAUCUGCUUCAACCAGGUGGAGGGAUCGGUGAGCGGCGUCUACUUCCACGCAAAGAGCGAGCGAUUUCAACAGCUUGAGCUCAAACAUGUCGAAGAUCGUGGAUGUGCGCCAGCAGUCGAGUUCCGUUAA